AUUUCAUCCAAUGCACGUUUCUAAACUUUGCCUUGCAAGAAAAUGGUGGAAAAUCAUCAGCUAUCGUAGAUAAUAAUGAGAAGCCGUGCCCGCGCCUUAACGAUGGAGAUUUAAAAGACGAUGUAUUAGAUGGUGAUGACAAUUCAAACUCUGUGGUGAAGAUUGACUUUGCCAGACCAUACCUUAUUGACAGUAUAAGAAUUACAGAGUCUGAUGAUGAUGGGGCAGCUGAGAGCGAAUGGAUAACUAUCAGUUUUUCUGAUGGAUCAGCCCAGUGGGUGAGUGGAAAAAAAGAUAGCACAAACCUUAGCGGAUUUUAUUGAUAUCACUUCUCGCAUAUUCCAGUGUUUUGGGGCAGCACAUGAUGCUGAGCUUCAUAUGGGAGUAUAUUUCUGCAUAAUACCCGCACUGUAUACAUUGGUUUAUCCUUUGGACUCGUGCUAUUUUGAGGUCUUUGAAAAACUCACUCGUGCAUGUUAUAUCCAAAUUGCACUCGAAACCAUGCUAUUACUUAUUAAUAAUUUACAUAAAAAUGUUCGAGACAAUUGUAGUUUUAACUAACGUGUUUAUAGCGAACAUUCCACCGGCAAAGUUUUCCUGGCUUUGUUAUAUCAAAUUAUACAACGCUAACAGCUUGAAAAUUCCACUCAACUAUGUAAUUUUUGUUAGUCUUGUUUAAGGUAAAUGCUUUUCCAUUUAAAAAUGAAGAUAAAGUAAAAAGCCAUAUUUUCCAUGCGAAGGCAACUUUUACUUUAUGUAGCGCGGCGCCAUGUUUGUUUUGUUUUGAAGCAAUCUGUGACCGUUACUUCUUUAAACUAAAUUGCUUUAAACUGCAUGAUUGGUUGAUUUAAUCAUCACAAUGUUUUUCUACCAAUCAGAUCAGUUUGUUACAGAUUUUUGCACUGUGAUUACAGAAAAUUGCACUGUGAUUACAAAAAAUUGCACUGUGAUUACAGAAAAUUGCACUGUUAUUACAGAAAAUUGCGCUGCUGUUUGGGAUUAACUGCACUAAAAUCAACCAAUCACAGUCGAGUAAUAUCUUUAUGUAUAUUAUUAGUAUUGUAAUAUAUUGCAUCACAUUGUAUCUUAUUACAUUCUGCUGUUUUAUUGUGCAAUACUUGUAUAAAGCGUGUUUUGUGCAUAUAUGUAUUGCAUUAUUAGAAGUGUUUUGUUUGUACAAAAGUUUUGUUCAAAAACACAUGUGAAUGAAAGUCUUAAAUGUUACUUUAACUUUUUAUCCACUCGAUCAUGGGACCAGUUUCAGCUAGAAUUCGAACUCGAAGCAGUGAGCCUGUACUCAAAUCUUAAAUUUCUUAACGUUUCAUGACCGUACACUUUGUUUUUCACAGAUAAGAUUGUCACCGGGAAGUCCAGAUCCCGAAGAAUUCUCCUUCGUCCCUCGUGUUGCAUCGUGGAUAAAAUUAGUUGUGCAGAGUAAAUAUAAGGAUGGAACGGUUCGCCUUACGGAGGUCGAAGUCUACAACGGCGCUUGCGUGGAUGGUUGGUACUCUAUUUUUUAUCGCUUUUACUUUUGAUGAAAUUUAUUGAAAAUGUCUUGUAAGAAGCCUAACCUUCUACUUGACCUGACGUAUUCAAUCAGAUAAUUACUAAAGCCCGUUCUCCACUAGGCGAAUUUAUUCGCGCGAACAGAUAAAAAGUAGGAAGCGAUCCUACUUUUUCGCCGCGAAUUUUUUCGCCGACCAAUCACGUUGCCGGAUUUCGGUUUUCGCUUCGCGUCGCGCGAACAAAUUCGCGUAGUGGAGAACGGGCUUAAGGAGUUUCAAUGGUGCGGUCGUCAGAGCGAGCGCGUUUCACCUCUGAGAUCGUGGGUUCGAUUCUUGCUGCGGACUCAUGACACUUGUAUGAAAUCAGUCAGUUUUCGCUCUACUAAAAGUCGUGCAUGGGCUUUCUUCGAAAUUCGGAUAUUAUGCAGGUUUUGUUUCACAGGUAAUGUUGACAGGAUGAGUUGGGUAUUAUAGAUGAACAGAAAUAAUUCAUCCCAUUCGGAUAAGCUUCUCGGUUAACCAAGCUCAUAUGAACAGUCCCCAAGUGGCAUCGGCCAGUUUUACCAUAAGAGGAACUUGGUGUGCUCAUAGAAAUCCAGCGGUAUCUGGUCAAACUGCCAGUACAUUUCUCAUGAACAUGCGACUAAGGCCUAAUUAACACAGCCGACCACUUCAAAGUGGAGUAAACAAACCCAAUCGCAAAGGUGAAAGGUUUGUGCGCUGCCAUUGUGCCACAUACGCACGGAAAAUGCACAAGUUGUGACAGAUAUGUAAACAGGUUGAAACAAGAUUGUUGUCCAGCCGAUGUCGGGAUGUGUUUGCACUGCUUGUUUUCAGUUGUUUUGACAAGUCUGGAACAAGUUAUCAACCUUGUUAUAAGGUUGAUGACAGGGACAGAGACCUUGCUGCUACAAGUUGUUCCAACAAGACAAGUUCGAAGGCUGUUCGUAAUAAGUUGCUUCAAGCUUGUUAUUAUCGACUUGUAAACAAUUUUUUUACGUGCAGACGAUACUUAUCACUUAUUUACUGAGAUCGAGGGAAAUAGUGUGUUUUGUGAAUUUGUGGACCCGAGACCAGAGAGAAACAUCGACGAGAGAAACAUCGACGGUCGAGGUCUCGAGGUCUCAGUAAAUAAGUGUUUUAUUAUCUAUUAAUAGUCAAAGAAACAACAAAUUUUAAAAAGAACAAAUGAAUGUAAAUACAUGAAAUAUUUUAUUGUUAAAACGUUAUAUUAAACACUGGCUACACUGCAGUUACUUAAAGCGAAAGUUUUAAUUACGUACUACACACGUAAAAACGCACAAGUUGUAACAAGUCUGCAAACAAGUUGUUACAAGUCUGUUUACAAGCUGUCAACAAGUUGUGUUCGCACUGCUUGUUCCCAGUUUGUUGUAACAAGUUUGAAACAAGCUGUUAACAACUUGUAACAAGCUUGAUGGCAUUAUCAGCCUUGUUACAAGAUUGUACUAACAAGUUUGUUACAGCCAUGAUAUAACAAGGAUGUUACAAGGUUGUCAACACAAGGUUGUAACAAUCUUAUUAUAUCAAGCAUGUCACGGACUUGUCAGAACAACCUUGCAACAAGUCUGAUAAUUUCGACAAGGUUGUUACAAGUUGUCAACAAGUUGUUCCAAACCUGUUGACAACUUGUGACAAGCAGUGCGAAUACAUCUUGUUAACAGCUUGUGAACAGACUUGUAACAAACUUGUGCGUUUUUACGUGUGUAGGCAUGCCCAAAGGUCGCAUCUUCACGUGAUGGCGCACGUGAUUUUUUUGUUAUUUGCCGGUCGAUAACGUAUAAUUGUUUCCAUAGAAAUAAUAGAUAUAGAAUGCGUACUUGAUCCUGACUUGAUCACGAAUCAUGUCUCCACUUUUUCUCAUGCGUGCCCCGUGCCCUUAUAAAUCCGCCAUGUUUGAAUUUGACUAGGAGUGCGAACUACAAAGUAUAAACAAAGCUAAAACUACGUUUUCAUCGUCAAAACGUUUAUGUUGUUGUCUAAUUUGUAGUUUGAGGAUAGAUUUUGAGUUCUUUGAAGGCACAAACUGUCAAAGCAAAUGUGCAGUUAUAAAAACGGUGAAAAUCGUGCAGCCUUGUAAACAAAGUAGUUUCGCCGGUUUCGCGUAAACUGAUAUAAAACAUUUUUGCAUGCUCUGAACGUCACUGUUUUGCUAAUUUCUUAUAAGAUUACAAAAUGAUAGUUCUUUCUUCGUCGGGUUUUGUUUUUCUUCGAUGUUAACGAAGUUUUUUUAUGUUUUUGAAACAAAAAUAUUUAGUUUUCGAUAAACUGUAAAUUGCCUAAAUAAUCGUCGAAAACUAUGGUUUCAAAAGCUUUGCCUCAAGCUCAAGCAACGUAGAAAAAUAUGAAAAGUAGUAAGAGUUGAAAUAUUUAUAGAACAUACCUAUUGAGUUUGAGUUUUUCUUCAUCUUUCGGGUUUUGUUUUGGCUUGCACAACAACGUUGAAAAUUUAUUUUUAAACGACGAUUUCUGUAUAUAUUCUGUCCAGAACUGUUGUUUUUCGUAAAAAAGCCCACUAGAAUGGGUUUUUAGACACUUUUUUCACUUUAGGAAAAUUUUUUCCAUUUUUAGUCUCGCAUAAUUUUUUUUCCAAACUUUGCAGUUGUUUGCAGUUGUAAAAAACAAUUCGCACUCCCUGCAACUGCGCGAAAUUCCCCGCCUCAGGAGUCUGGGACCAACCAAAAUGCCCUUAUAAAUCCGCCAUUUUGUGGAGACAAAUUUUUCACUGAGAAAAGAUAGGAGUACGCAUUCUAUAUCUAUUAUUUCUAUGAUUGUUUCCCUCUCGCGCUGUUGCGAGGGAGACAGCUUAAUUUCGUCACUCUCACGUAAUAUGCCCUCAACCAAUAAAACACUAGAAAAAUGCGACUUUGACUAUUGAUAUAUAAUAAUGAUGCUUGUUACAAUAAUUUGUUGAGAAUCCGUUGGCCUUGUCAAUCCUGUUACAAGAAGAUAUCAACUUGUUCCAGGCUUGUUAAGAAACUGGGAACAAGCAUUUCGAAAACAUCGUGUGGACAAGCUGUGAGGCUUGCGGUCACACGCGUGCGGUCCUAUCCACCCAUACUGCUUUCUUUUUAGAAAACGUAUGUGAUUUCAUGGGAUUUGCCGAUGGAGAGAUGGAAUCAGAGCGCUACAUUCACCGUGAGGUAUUUUCAUUCUUGCGACAAGGUACUGCUAGAUUGAUCUUCAAAUUGUCAAAUUCCUUGGGGCAACACAAGCACACCCUAGACUUUCAAGACAAAAUGCGACUAUAUGGUGGUGGCAAUACAUUGGCUGGUCCUACGCCGAUACCUGGCGCUGAUCUUGAUCCUCAUUGGAUCCCAUUCUGGGUGGAUAUGAGAAAAACUGGACGAAUAGUUGUCGGGACUGGAGCCACUGUGUUGGUCAAUUUCACCGCAACAGACGGAGAAGUGUUAUUACCUUUCCUGAAAUUUAAUGUGUUUAAUACAGGGGAGAAAAUCAUUUACUGUGACAAGAAAGGUGUGUAG